GUGUUCAUUCAUUGAAAAGAGUGCAGCGAGCACAACAAUAAAUAAUGCAGUCGCUGUAACGUCAACGCUAACGUCAACGUCGACAGCGAGGCGGGGAGCAGCAUCUCCACAACACAACCACAAUUCACAUUCACAGCGAUCACUUCGCAUGCGAAACUCAGCGAGCGCGCAUCAAAAUCAAAUUCAAACGCUUACGCUUAGGGAAUAAAAUAAAAUAAAAUAAAAAAAGAGUAACGAACUACUGAAAAGAACUCUGAUGAAAAGAUACUUUGUGUGCAUAUAAUAAUAGUAAAAAAAGAAAAGAAAAGGCAACCGCAGAACGAACGACUGAACAAACGGUAACUGUGGUAAAACUUCAAAAGCCGCACUCGUAAUUGAAAUCGAAUUAAGGCAACGUGCAAAAAUAAAAAAAAAAACUAAAAAAGAGGCAGGGCGAUAAAAAAGAAAUUAUGCUACAUUGUGCGAGAGGUCAAACCGAAGAAAUACACGUCGAGUGUUAGAAGCAGCAGGAGGAGUCUUUCAUGCGUAAUUGCUGCUGUUAAAUAUAAACCGCAAAGCGUCGCUUAAUGCUUAGUGCUUAAUGCUUAAUAGGCAGCGAACGAAUUAACUCAUAAAAGGGCAACAGGCGCAAAACUCUCAAAUGAGCGAGAACCACAAAGAGAGCGACAACCGUUAAUUGUGAGCAUUGGCAGCAGUAGUAGCAGCGACGCUAGCAUCGCCAGCUUCUGCCUGAAGCUUGCACCAGUUCGCUUGCAUAGCAGGCAGAGGGAAGAGCUACUGGAAAAACAAACGAAAAAAACUUUCUUUAACUAGACGUCUAGCCUAGGCCAGGAAAGUGCAGUCGACAGUGAAAAUGAUGUGCCCGAUCCAGCCGCAGUCGCAGCCUCAACAAUGGCAGUCGCAGUACCGCUUUGGGCUAAAGUACCAACGUCAGCUGUUUGGCGCACUGCUGGCUUUCAUGCUAACGGCAACGCUUACUAAUGGCGCCGUAACAGACUCGCCCAUUAAGAUUAUUAGACUGCCGGCACAGGCGCCUGUGAUACGCUACCGCAACGCGGAUGCAGCGCCGGAUUCGCUGUUGAUCCAAUAUCGCCAGGAUGCACAGCCUGAGUUGUCGGCGACGCUGAUGCAGGCGCCAGGAGCAGCGGCGGCAGCACUAGAGAAUCUGUUGCAGGAGGAGGCGGAUCAGCAGCAGCAGCUAAGUCUGGGCCGGCAGCAUCGGGCGUCGAGUGCCUCCAGCAGCGGGGGCAACAACAAUUGUCCGCGGUCCUGUCCGCCCAGUUUGACGGUGGGCGCUGAGCCCGUCUGCGGCAGCGAUGGCCUCAUCUAUGCCAAUCUUUGUGAGCUGCGCAAGAAGACCUGCUCCCGCAACGGUGUCUCCCUGAUCAAAGAUGUACGCGAUGGCUGUGAGCGUUCCAAGGGUUCCGAUUGCAAGCAUCGCUGCACCACCGAAAAGGAUCCAGUGUGCGGCACCGAUGGACGCACCUAUCUAAAUCGCUGCAUGCUGCGCGUGCAAUCCUGUCGUGUUGGUCUGGCCGCCGUCAAAUUGUCGCAUGUGGGUCCUUGCAGCAACACCAGUGCUCAGCGCGAGUCCUGCCCCGUUGACUGCAACAGUGCUCCCAAGGAUGGACCCAUUUGUGCCUCCGAUGGCAACGUUUACAAUUCCACGUGCGAGAUGAAGUUGCAUACGUGUGGCCAAGGUGUGGUGAAGACCAGUCGCAAGCACUGCCAAUCGACGCGGAUGUGUCGCGAGUCCUGUUGGCGUGUGGCAAGGCCCACCUGUGGCUCCGAUGGUCGCCUCUAUGCGAGUCCCUGCAAGAUGCGCUCCACCAACUGUGGCAAGCAUGUGUUCGAGGUGCCGCUCUCCUUCUGCAUGCCACAAGAACGACAUGGCAGUCAAUCGGCAGCCGAGACGUGCCCAACCGAGUGCCCCAAAUCGGAUGCGGAUGCCACAUCCCAGUAUGUGUGCGGCAGCGAUGGCAACAUCUACUCAUCACUCUGUGAGCUGAAGAUGCUCAACUGUGGACCGCAACGCAAGUCCAUACAGAAGAUGAGCAUGGAUAAGUGCAAAAAUCGCUUGACACGCUGCAAGCAGCUACCGCCCUGCAAGGACUUUAACAAUCUCUUUGGCUCCAUAUUCAGCUCGAAGCGCAACGACAAACUCUGCGGCACCGAUGCCAAAACCUACAAUAAUGAGUGUGAACUCGCCCACGCCACCUGCUUACGCGGCGUUAAUCUGGCGCAUAUUGGUCCCUGCACGGAUCUAAAUUCACCGGCCAAGGACUGUGGAGAUGCGUGCACACGUGCCGAUAUGCGACAGCAGCCGGUUUGUGGCUCCGAUGGCAACACCUUCGCCUCCAUGUGUGAGUUCAAGCGACGCACCUGCAAUCUGCGCGUGGUGCCCGUCUCCUUGAAGAACUGCGCCCUAACCGUCGACUGUGACUCCGAUUGUGAUGCCCAGCCGCCGAAUUUUGUUUGUGGUUCGGAUAACAAGUUCUACAAAUCCGAGUGUCACAUGCGCAAGGAGAACUGUGGCAAGCAUGUGUUUGUCGUGCCACUCAAGCGUUGCCUGGCUGCCUUCCAGUUCCAGGGCUGUGCCCGCAUCUGUCCCCGGGAAUUUGAGCCGGUUUGUGGCAAUGAUAACAAGACAUAUUUGAAUGACUGCUUCCUGGACAUCGAGAACUGUCGCACCAAUAGCACGGUGGCUGUGCAUCACUAUGGCGCCUGUGGACGCCCCGAGGCGCCCUCAACCAAUUUCCUUUACUAAUCGAUUGUCGGGCGUUAUUUACAAUUUUACAAUGGCAUUUAAUAUUUUUAGGCUACAGUCUAUUACGUAUUGUAUUGUAUAUUUUUUUUAAAUCGAUAUUUAUUGUGUUGGAAUUAAAAAGCCGAACGAACGUAUAAA